CCAUAUCACUGACACAUCAAACGAACGGUCACUCUGCGCUGGAGCGAUGAUGUGGAUUUAAAAGUUUAAUUGUUUUAUAUUAGAAAUAACAAAUAACCAUGGACAUCACCCAGAGCUUUAAGGCCAGCGUGAUGACGGUGCGCCUCCAGCGCAAGGCCGAGCUGGCCGGCAAGGUGAAACCAGCGGCAGCAAGCGCAAGAACUGCACCCACUGGGCCAAAGGACGACUUCGCCAGGGAGGCCAAGGAGGUAUGCAACAAGAUCACUGCCCUGCGCAAUGUGCUAAUCGAGAACCGGACCGCCUACAUGCGCAUUGGGCAGCACCUGAAGUCCGCUGCCCACAUGACCGACGCCCAGCGGGAUCUGAUUGACCGCGAGUCGGAGAAGUUCGUCAGCUUCUACACGACGCACCUGGCCAAGAUGCGCAGCGACUGGAAGGGCGUUAAGCGGAAGCCCCAGGAGCGUCAGCACAUAGACGCAGUGCUGGACCUGCUGGUCAGCUAUCUGCACAGUGUGGAGCACAUCUAUCUGGACCAGAAGAAGUACAGGGUGCAGCACGAGCUGGAGACCUACAGGCUGCUUAAACUGGCGGCGGACAAAAAGAAGAUCCCAGUGCGUCCGGCGGGCAGCAACAGUGGCAAGCUGGGCAGGCGCCAGGUCAGCAAUGAUGAGAGCGAUGCCACGGAGGCUUCUCCUUCGGCAAAUGGUCACGCCAAUGACUCUGCCGACAAUGACUGGAACAACGAUGGCUGGGGCGACUGGGAGGAGGACGAGGAAGAGGCCGAGGUGGACGACCACGAUGGGCAGGAGGAGAAGGACACCGCCCAGGUCAGCCAACACAAACCGCGCACGCGCAAGCGGAGCAAGCACAAUAAACCGGCCCUAAACGACUCGUCCUCCAAGGUGGCUUUGGACGAGGAGCUGCAGAAACAGCAGGAGGCCGACGAUGAAGAUCCCCUCAGUGCAGAGGAUGUGCAGCUGUUCGAAGCGGAGAACGUGCACAUCUACAACUUCCUCCAGGGCGUCUCCGAGGAGGUGGAGCAGAUUGAGAAAAACGUCGUGGACAUUGCCCAGCUGCAGGACAUAUUUACCGAGAAGGUCGCCAUGCAACAGCACAAUAUCGACAGGAUUGUCAGUGCCGUCGUGGGCACCACAGAAAAUGUCAAGGAUGCCAACGAGCAAAUCCGCCAGGCCACCCAAAGGAAUGCUGGCCUUCGCGUGUGGUCGCUGUUCUUCCUGCUGGUCAUGUCGUUCUCCCUGCUUUUCUUGGACUGGUACUACGAUUAAGUGAAACCCCAAAAUUUAUGUUAACAUCAAAAAGGCAAACAUGUUUGUUAUCGUUGGAUCGCACUAAGAGCAUAAUUGUUUAUUACAUAAUUUAUAAAUAAAAGGAAAAUAAUUGUAUAGGCUAUUCAAAA